AUGACAACCUUUCAAUCUCAACUUUUGUAUGCUUUAGGAAAUAAAACAAAAGUUCUUCCAGAAUUGAAAAAGGUAUUUGUUCGCCCUUUAAUACAAAUAGCUGUAAAAGCAAUAAAUCAGGAAUACAUAGAGGAUGGAAUAUUGGACAGAAUAAGCCAAAAGUAUAAUGUACCAGAAGAAAUUGUAGAUGAAUAUUAUUCAGUCAUUUUUACAAUAUUAAAGAUUCAUUUAGGUACAUUGUCCGAAAGUGUUAAACCUAUAGAAUUUAAACAAGUAUUAGAAGAAUUAAGAUUAUCUUCAGAAUGUAUUGAUGAUUUGUCUACAGUUGUGUAUAGUCAAAAGAGACCAGAAUUAAUGUCAGGUUUGAUACAAAAAACAAAAUUUUAUCCACACUUGAUAUCUUGCAAGUGGCGCAUAGAUGUUACUGUUUCUUCUAGUAUAUUGAAUAGAGUCUUGGAACCACAUGUUAUAAUGGAAUGGACAUUUAACAAUGGGAAGCGACAAAUAUUUGAAUUAUCUCUGUCUAAGUUUCAUCAACUAAGACAUGCCAUAGCAACUAUCCUUGUUGAAAUGCAAAAAGUUGAACAACAAUGUGCCUCAAAGAAUAUUACAUGUAGCUGA